AAGAAAAAAAGUGAAAGGGAUUGAAGGAGAAUUUCAAUUUAGUAAGAGGGUAUGAACCUGAAAAAGAAGUACUAAUACCAGAUGAGAUAGUAAUUCCUGACUUUCAGCUAGCAAUUAGGAGGGAAGCAACGGAAAGGGUAGAAAGAAAACAAACUGAAAACUCAGUGAAGAAGGAACGAUGAAGCAAAUCUCCGGAAGUUUCAGGAAAGUUUUCGGAUCAAAAUCAAAAUCUGGAAAGUCUGAAACUGUUUUUAAAGUGGAAGAAAUGGGUACUCUCAAAAUUCCAGAUGUCGUUCCUUCUCCGGAGCAAGAUUCUGAGAGCCUGAAUAAAGCUUUUCAAGGGUUGGGAACUGAUGAGGAGGGAAUAAUAUGGGUGUUAGGACACAGAAAUGCUGAGCAGAGGAGGAAAAUUAGAGACACUUAUCAGGGGCUUUACAGUAAACCUCUCAUUGAUGCUCUCCAUUCCGAACUCUCCGGUGAUUUCAGAAAAGCAGUGAUUUUAUGGACAUCUGAUCCUGCUAAGAGGGAUGCCAGACUAGCAAAUGAAGCAUUGAAGACGAAGAGAAAGGGCAUUAAACAACUACAAGUGAUUGUUGAGAUAGCGUGUGCAUUUUCUUCUCAGCAUCUUGUGGCUGUCAGGCAGGCUUACUGUUCUGAAUUUCAUUGUUCGCUUGAAGAAGAUAUUGGAGACAACGUAACUUUGCCCCUUAGAAAGUUUCUGGUGGGAUUAGUAAGCUCCUUCAGGUAUGAUAAAGAAGUGGUGGAUAUGGAUGUUGCCAAAUUAGAGGCAGAUAGAUUACAUGAAGCUAUCAAAACAAGGCAGUUAGAUGAUGAUGAUGUUGUGUACAUACUUAGUACUAGAAAUGUCUGUCAGCUCAGAACAACAUUUGAAUGCUACAAGCAAAAAUACGGAAAUCCUAUUGACCAGGACAUCAAGGACUGCGGGAAGGGUGAUUUGGAAUCUCUAUUGAAGAUAGUUGUAUGGUGCAUAGAUUCCCCUGAAAAACACUUUGCAGAGGUUAUUGGAACUUCCAUCAUUGGGCUGGGAACAGACGAAGAUUCAUUAACCAGAGCAAUUGUGAUGCGAGCAGAGAUUGACAUGAUGAAAGUGAGAGGGGAGUAUUUCAACAUGUACAAAUCCAACCUUGAUGAUGCAGUUGUCGGUGAUACAUCUGGAGACUACAGAGAAUUCUUAAUGACCUUACUUGGUGCAAGGGUCUGAUGCUUUAUGCAUUCCAAUUCUUGUUGCUUCAGCUAAUAUAUAUCGGAUCUUAGAACUUCCAAAAAAUAUAUCCUUUAGGGGAUUAUUAUUGUCAGCAGAAAUAAAACAUAAACCUUCAGUUGUUUGUGUGUGAUCCUGAUUUUAAUCUCUUGUAGAUAAGUUUCAAUUAUUAUAAAUUAUCAGAUUGUCAUUUCUGUUGUGAAGUUACUACACUUGUUCACUCAGAUCAUACUCAACACUAUUUGCUCAAGAU